AAAAGUGAAGCAAUUGUUAAACUAGACCAAAAUGCAAUUUGUGGAGUGAUUUCGUCAGUAACAAUUCCUAAUUUGGAGUCAAAGUUUAUCGCUCAAGCCUUAUCAGAAUCGACUACCGAUUUCGAGUCUUCAUUUUGGAUAUCUGAUCCAGCAAUUAAUUCAACAAUUGAAAAGGAUGUUUCACAAAGCGGUCGGUCUACACGUUAUUGGGAUUGCUGCAAGCCGUCAUGCUCCUGGAAUGGAAAGGCUUCCGUUACCAGUCCCGUUAAUUCAUGUAAUCGAGACGGCUUUAACGUAAUUGACAAAAAUACACGAAAUGGAUGUGAGAAUGGUGGAAAUGCAUUCACGUGCACCAAUAAUAUUCCAUGGGCAAUAAACGAUAACUUGGCGUAUGGUUUCGCAGCGGCAAAUAUUAAAGGUCAAUCGGAAGCUGAUUGGUGUUGUCAAUGUUACGAACUAACAUUUACUUCCGGUCCAGUGAAUGGGAAAAAAAUGAUUGUACAAGUCACAAACACUGGUGGAGAUUUAGGAGAAAAUCAUUUUGACUUGCAAAUGCCAGGUGGUGGAGUUGGCAUUUUUAAUGGAUGCUCAUCGCAAUGGGGUGCUCCAGAUGGUGGAUGGGGUGAUCGAUACGGAGGAGUUCACAGUUUACAAGAAUGUGAUCAACUGCCGUCACAGAUUAGACAAGGACAGGUUGUGCAAGACGGUGAAUGUAAUUAA